UCAUGAGUUUACUGAAAUCCCUGAUUUUUCCUGUAUCCCUAAUCUAGACAGACUCAUUCUUGAAGAUUGUACAAGAUUGAUAAAUGUCCAUGAAAACAUUGGACUCCUGGAGAGGCUUACUUAUUUGAGUGUGAAAGAUUGCAAAAAUCUUAGGAACAUUCCAGAGAACAUUUCUAUCCUACCCUUCCUUGAAACACUCAUUAUCUCUGGUUGUUCAAAUCUUGGAGAGUUUCCGACAGAAAUGAUGAGGAUUCAGUCGUUGAAAGUGUUUCAAGCAGACGGAGUUCCAAUACAUCGACUACUAGUCACUACCAGUUGCUCAAGUCCGAUUCCAGUAAUUUCUUGGGCAUCUUAUCUUCCGAAGAAUUUAGUAAACUUGAGUCUAAGAAACUGUAAUCUUUCGGAUGACGAUUUUCCAAGGGAUGUUGCUAAUCUGUUCUCAUUGCAAUCAUUGGAUCUCAGUGGGAACCCAAUUUCUAGGCUACCGGAUUGCAUCAGAGAUCUUACUGACCUCCAAUAUCUCUUUUUGGACUCUUGUAAGAAGCUCAAAUCACUUCUAAGGCUACCAACAGGAUUAGUUGAAUUGCGUAUGGCGUGGUGCACGUCGUUGGAAAAGGUAACAUAUCAAUCUUGUAAGCACAAACUAAUGCGCUAUUCAUGGAGUUCGAUGCCUAUUGUUGAGUUUCUAGGUCGUUUCAAGUUGGAACCCAUCGAAAGAGUUGAUAAAAAAAUGCUUAAACUUUUGAGCUUAGAAAAACUGGAAUCCCUGGAAAACAUCUUGAUGGACACAUCACUCACACCAUAUGAUAAAACCUUUGUAUGGAACGGAAUGCGUCAUGUCCAGGGACUCUAUGAAGACGGUAUAUUCAGCACAUUCCUUCCUGGAGACCAAGUUCCAGGCCAGUUCAGCCAUAGAAGCAGAGGCUCCUCUAUAUCCUUCACUGUGCCUUCACUUUCCAAUCUUAAUAUACGAGGACUAAAUAUCUUCUCGGUUGUAACAAAAUCCAACCACAACGAUUCUGAUCUUAUAACCAAUGUUGUCAACAUUGAUGGUUCAGUAUAUCUGGCAAUUACUGUUGUGAGUAAUAACAGUAGCGGUCUGAAAUGGGUUUAUGGUCCAACAUAUUUUGGCGUUCCCCGAGAGGGAAAAGAUGUGAUCUGGUUAAGUCACUGGAGGUUUGGGAAUCGACUUAAAGGCGGUGAUGAGAUGACUAUUCUAAUAUAUACAAAAUCUGAUUUCAAGGUCAAGGAGUGUGGCAUCCAGCUUGUUUACUACGACGACAAAGAUCCAGAAGAGAUAACUAGUACCGAACUUAUUGUGGCUGCCAACUUGGACGAUCCUUGUUUUCUUCGAGCAGGAGUUUCGCCAACAAUAGGCUUUUACCCUUUGGAUGGAAUAACCUUUCAAUGCGACCAUACAGGAAUUGAAGGAAAUAUCGAUCUCAUUAGGGACAUCAAUGAAAAAUCAGAGAAAAAACAAGGGGCAGAGGGUGACCUGAUCCUCAAGCAUGCAGCACAGAGUGGCAGUAAUAGCAAUAGCAACAAACGAGGUUUCUUCAUAGGUUGGAAGGGGAUCAUGAUGGCCACUGUCUUCCUUCUUUCUCUUCCCCUCGUUGCUCGUUCUGCUCUCUUCCAGCAUCGAAAGAAACAACAGUCCACAAGCCCUCCAUGAAUUUGUUGUAUUAAUUACUUGGACACAGUUGUAUCGUAAAAAACCUGCUUCCCUCUCUUAUUUCAAACAGUACACUGGAAUUAUAUCUUCGGUAGUUCGGUUCGUUAGUUAUCUAUGUGAGUCAAAAUUAGUCGAUCUGGAGAGGUUUUCUUCUUGAUUGGUAGGACAUUGAUACUAUUAGUUUACAUAUGGAAAUGAGGACAACUGAUCUU